GCGCUGUGCCUGGAGGACCUGCCGUGCCCGCUUGUUGUUGGAGCUGGAGCCUGAGCCUGGGUGUGUCAGUGAGUGCAGUCCUACAGGGGCUGAGCCAGAGAGAGAGAGAGAAGGAGGAAGAAGGAGACCGGCUGGCGUUGGGGAAGUGUGGCCGCAGGAGCAAAGGACUCUUUGUGACUCUGUCGCUUCAACAUGUCGUUCCAAACGUGUGGGCCCAACGAGGCCAUGGUUGUUUCAGGGUUCUGUCGGUCCCCACCGGUGAUGAUCGCUGGAGGGCGGGUUUUCGUAUUGCCGUGCGUGCAGCAGAUUGAGAGGAUUUCCUUGAGCACUCUAACACUGAAUGUGAAAAGCGAAAAGGUGUACACACGUCACGGUGUCCCGAUCUCCGUCACAGGAAUUGCUCAGGUGAAGAUCCAGGGGCAGAACAAGGAGAUGCUGGCCGCUGCCUGCCAGAUGUUCCUGGGCAAGUCGGAAGCGGAAAUCGGGCAGAUCGCCCUGGAGACGCUGGAAGGUCACCAGAGAGCCAUCAUGGCGCACAUGACUGUGGAGGAGAUCUACAAAGACCGGAAGAAGUUUUCUGAGCAGGUGUUCAAAGUUGCAUCUUCCGACCUGGUCAACAUGGGCAUCGGGGUGGUCAGUUAUACCUUGAAAGACAUCCACGAUGACCAGGGUUACCUGCACUCACUGGGGAAAUCCCGUACUGCCCAGGUACAACGCGAUGCCCGCAUUGGAGAGGCCGAGGCCAAGCGAGACUCUGGCAUCAAGGAAGCCAAGGCCCAGCAGCAGAAAAUCUCAGCGCAGUAUGUGAACGAGAUCGAGGUGGCCAAAGCUCAGCGCGAUUACGAACUGAAGAAGGCCACCUACGACACGGAGGUGAACACCAAGAAAGCCACUUCCGACCUGGCCUACCAGCUGCAGGUGGCCAAGACCAAGCAGCAAAUCGAGGAAGAGAAGAUGCAGGUGCAGGUGGUGGAACGUGCCCAGCAGAUCCAGGUCCAGGAGCAGGAGAUCCUCCGCCGAGAGAAGGAGCUGGAGGCCAAGGUCAAAAAACCAGCUGAGGCCGAACGUUACCGACUGGAGAAGCUGGCUGAGGCCGAGAGGUUGAAGCUCAUCAUGGAAGCUGAGGCCGAGGCUGAGUCCAUUCGAGUGAAAGGAGACGCUGAGGCUUUCGCCAUCCAAGCCAAGGCCAAGGCAGAGGCUGAGCAAAUGAUCAAGAAAGCGGAGGCCUUCAACGAGUACAAGGACGCUGCCAUGGUCGAUAUGGUGCUGGAAAAGCUGCCUGAGGUUGCAGCUGAGAUCAGCCAGCCCUUCUCCAAAGUGAAGAAGAUCACCAUGGUCAGCAGUGGCAACGGGGAGCUGGGAGCAGCCAAACUCAGCGGUGAGGUGCUCGACAUCAUGACCAAGCUGCCGGACACCAUUGAGAAACUCACCGGAGUCAGCAUUGUCCAGGGAGCUGCGAAACCCAGCCGAAUGUCCUAAUACAGUGAGGCAGGCGAGCGUGGAUGGAGUGUGUGGUCUGGGACACUACCUGAUGCAAGUGAAGUCCGACAGGGACAGAGUUCGAGCUGUGGGGUUGGCGAUGGAUAGUGUUCCUCUAUUGCAUGUGUAUUUACCUAUGUGUUACUGUUCAGUCUGCAUGUGUUUGUCAGGUACCUUUUAUUCUCCUGCUCAGUGUUGUCCUGUCAGUCAAUCUCAAUGUAGAAGGGAUUGAGACACAAAUCAUAUCGUCGAUCUUUGUCACCGUGUCUCGUUUUCCUGAAUCGUGUACCUCUUUUGAAAGGUCCUAUCUGUUUUAAAUUGUGCAUUUUCUCGUCUGUGUCGGUCUGUCUGAGCAACAGUUCAGCAUUUCGUAACUGGAAUCAGUCUGCUUGGGUUCUGAUAACAGUUGGGGUGGGGGGAGGAAGCUGUUUUCACACCCUGAGACGCUACGUGCUGUCAACGAUGUCGUGUUUCAGUGAAGACUCUGAUGGGGAGGGCUCAGAAAAGAAAAAUCAUGUUUUAAUGUUUUUAUUUUCUUGUUGUUUACCAAGUGGCAGUGCCUUAGAGUGUUCAUGUCUCUGACCAGAUUCCAAUUUUAACCAACUUAACAUCACUCAUUUGGAGGGUUAUCAUCCUGUGUCAGGACAUGUCAACACGAUCCUGUGAAGUUCACCUCAGCUCUCUGAAACAAUCACUUAGUCUGAAAAAAAUCAAAACAAUCCAUUCAAAUAACUCUGACUAAUGUUUUUUUUUGUAAUAUGUUGUGUAUAUAUUAUACAGAAUUGCCCUAUUGCCUGAUCCUCCUCAGUGGAGAUAUUUAGCGAUACUCACUGUUACAUUUAAUAUAGCUGUCCAGCUGCUCUGACAAAGUAAAAUAAAACAUCUCGUCUGCCUUG